AGACAGGCACAGAACCAUGUCUUUGGCAGUGAAGGAGAAGAGCCAAGUGCGCCUGGUGUUUCUGGGUGCAGCCGGGGUCGGCAAGACGGCCCUGAUCCGGCGCUUCUUGCAGGACACUUUUGAGCCAAAGCAUCGGCGAACAGUAGAGGAGAUGCACACCAAGGAGUUUGAGGUGAGUGGAGCCACCAUCAAGGUUGAGAUUCUGGACACCAGUGGUAGCUACUCCUUCCCAGCGAUGCGCAAACUCUCCAUCCAGAACAGUGAUGCCUUUGCUUUGAUCUAUGCUGUGGAUGAUGCAGAGUCCUUUGAGUGUGUGAAGACUUUGCACGAGGAGAUCCUUGAGCUGAAAGAGGACAAGUUCCCUCCCAUCGUAGUGGUGGGCAAUAAGGCAGAAGCCGGUGGGCUUAGACAGGUAUUGCCCGAGGACGCCCUUUCCUUGGUGGAGCUUGACUGGAACAGCCGUUUCCUGGAGGCAUCUGCUAAGGAGAACGAGAACGUGGUGGAGGUCUUCAGGGAGCUGCUUCAUCAAGCCAACCUGCCCAGCCGGCUGAGCCCUGCCCUCCGCAGGAGACGGGAGACCUUCCCUAAGGAGCCCCCACUGCGGCCCCCCAUGAACAAAGCCAAUAGUUGUACUGUCUGUUGAACUAUGUGAGAAUGAUAGCUGCAUGGGUUUUUGAGAACUUUGGUGUCCUGAGUUUAGAGAUCAGGUUGCACUUGCCACAACAGCACUGUGGCACUCAGUCAUUUUGGGGCUCAGGAGCUGUUUGUGAAACUUGAUGGCUUGUCGUCGUGACAUAGUAAUUUCAGCUUUAGUGCCCCAAAGUCACCAAUGUUUGUGCCCAUUUUGUGCAUUUGAUUUUGAGUUGCAACCCAAGAAUUGGGAAGCCUGUGACGCUGUGCACAGUGUAAUGUCUCUAGUUCUGGCCUGUUCUGCAGAUCCAAGCUGUUACUGUAUAAAUUGGAAGAUAUGUCCCUUAAGUCAUGGAAGUGGAUGCCCCAGGAGUGAAGGAUGAAUUGCCAAACAGACCACUUUUUGGGGCAAUAUGGCUGAUGUUGUGAAGGUCCAUAGCAUGAACUUAGAAGGCAAAAAUCUGAGGACUCCCCUAGGAAACGUUUAAUUCCUGGGACACCUACUUACUUUUCCCUGUUGCAUUGAUUUCUUUGUGUUUUGAGUGACUGAACAGACACGGUAUGCUUGAAGAUGGGAAAGAAAAGACAUUUUUUAUGCCUAUUGAACAUCCAGUGUGUGCGUUGCCUCCCCCAAAACAGUGGGUUUUGGUUUUUUUUGGUUUGCUUCAAAUGUGUGCAUUGACCAUUUGCAUGCAUGUGCUUUUGUGCAGAUUUUGUUUAAACUGAGCUCACCAUUGUCUGAAGCACCUCUGCAUUGUGGAAAGAAGUACAUGUCACCCAGUGAGUCAGUGUGUGCCUGAGUAGGUAUGAUUUUAAUUUCCAACAUUUCUAGGGUUGUAACUAAUAAAAGAAAAUUCAAACACCA